AUGGCUAAAAGUGCAGAGGUCAAACUGGCAAUAUUUGGGAGAGCAGGCGUGGGCAAGUCAGCUCUUGUAGUGAGAUUUUUGACCAAACGGUUCAUCUGGGAAUAUGAUCCCACCCUCGAAUCAACCUACCGACACCAAGCAACCAUUGAUGAUGAAGUUGUCACCAUGGAGAUACUAGAUACUGCUGGGCAGGAAGACACCAUUCAGAGGGAAGGACACAUGCGAUGGGGGGAAGGCUUUGUGCUGGUCUAUGACAUUACUGACCGAGGAAGUUUUGAGGAAGUGCUGCCACUUAAGAACAUCCUGGAUGAGAUCAAAAAGCCCAAGAACGUGACUCUCAUCUUGGUUGGAAACAAAGCUGACUUGGACCACUCCAGACAGGUCAGUACAGAAGAAGGGGAGAAGCUGGCCACAGAACUGGCAUGUGCUUUUUAUGAGUGUUCUGCCUGCACUGGAGAAGGGAACAUCACCGAGAUAUUCUACGAGCUGUGUCGAGAGGUGCGUCGCCGGAGGAUGGUCCAGGGCAAGACGAGGCGACGCAGCUCCACCACGCAUGUCAAGCAAGCCAUUAAUAAGAUGCUCACCAAAAUCAGCAGUUAG